AUGGCGGAAGAGCUUCUGGCAAGAGGCCUCGUAACCGAUGAAGACGCCCGUUCAUACCGCACUGCUACCUCCAUCUUGCUUUCAUUCUUCGAAAAUCGGUUUUGCCCAGAGGGGGUUUGGGGCCAGACUCUCGGUGGAGCUGCAAAACACAUCCAAACAACACAGGACCACCUUCCCAUCACGUCCAAAACCUCUGGGGAUUGGUUUCGAGCAUCGCAACCUCUAUCCACGACAUCCGAACACCUCGCCGCCUUAGCAUUCAUGAUGGAUGCCGGGCCAUCUUUUAUGCCACUGAUUCACGACCACAAAGGAAUGCAUGAUGCUGGUGCUGCCUCAACACUAGACUUUGCAUUGAGAGUAUUUGUGAACGAUGUCGACAUAACACGCUGGCAUCUGCGAGAGCGCAUGACACGAACUGCUGGUGCUGCACGGAAUUAUGCAGAAUCGAGGCUAUGGGAUCAGAAUGGCACAAUGGUGGCUUCUAUGACGCAGCAGUGUAUCCUCCGGCCGAAGCCCAGCUUGAGCGCUUCGUUAUAG